ACUAGCUUUUCUUCAUGGCUCUCUUUCUCUUUGCUAUUUUAGUCUUGAUGGCCCCUUCAAGCAAUGCCUAUUGGCCACCCUCACCUGGCUACUGGCCAAGUUCCAAAUUCAGCUCUAUGAGUUUUUACAAAGGGUUUCGAAAUCUCUGGGGCCCUCAGCACCAAAGUCUAGACCAAAAUGCAUUAACAAUCUGGCUUGAUAGAACCUCAGGAAGUGGCUUCAAGUCAGUAAGGCCAUUUCGAUCCGGUUACUUUGGGGCUUCCAUUAAGGUCCAACCUGGCUAUACUGCAGGAGUUAUCACAGCUUUCUAUCUCUCAAACAAUGAAGCACAUCCUGGUUUCCAUGAUGAAGUGGACAUCGAGUUUCUUGGGACAACAUUUGGAAAGCCUUACACUUUGCAGACGAAUGUUUACAUAAGAGGGAGUGGAGAUGGGAGAAUUAUAGGUAGAGAGAUGAAGUUCCAUCUCUGGUUUGAUCCUACCAAAGAUUUUCAUCACUAUGCUAUUCUGUGGAGUCCCAAGGAAAUAAUAUUCCUAGUGGAUGAUGUGCCAAUAAGAAGGUACCCGAGGAAGAGUGGUGCAACGUUUCCUCUGAGGCCAAUGUGGCUAUAUGGUUCAAUAUGGGAUGCUUCAUCAUGGGCAACUGAAGAUGGAAAGUACAAAGCUGAUUACAAAUACCAACCCUUUGUGGCAAAGUAUUCGAACUUCAAAGCCAGUGGUUGCUCAGCCUAUGCACCACGGUGGUGCCACCCAGUUUCAGCCUCACCAUAUAGGUCUGGUGGGUUGACAAGACAACAGAACAGAGCCAUGAGAUGGGUGCAGAGAUACCUGAUGGUUUAUAACUACUGUCAAGACCCCAAAAGAGAUCACAGUCUAACACCUGAGUGUUGGGGUUGAACUUUGAAGUG